CCGGCGGCGGCUGCAGCUGGGUCACCUGCGACAGGUGCUCGGGGAGGCCCGGGAGUACGCGCGCGCCGGGACCAGGCGGGACACUGCGGGCGGGGAAGAUGCUGCGCGAGCGGACCGUGCGGCUGCAGUACGGGAGCCGCGUGGAGGCGGUGUGCGUGCUGGGCACGCAGCUCUGGACCGAUGUCUACAGCGCGGCCCCAGCUGGGGCCCAAACUUUCAGCCUGAAGCACUCGGAGGACGUGCGGGUAGAGGUCGUCCGCGACGGGGAGGCUGAGGAGGUGGCCACCAACGGCAAGCAGCGCUGGGCCCUCUCGCCCAGCACCACGCUGCGGCUCACCAUGAGCAAGGCCAGCACCGAGGCCAGCGCCGACAAGGUCACCGUCAACUACUAUGACGAGGAGGGGAUCGCCCCCAUCGACCAGGCUGGGCUCUUCCUCACGGCCAUCGAGAUCUCCCUGGAUGUGGACGCCGACCGGGACGGCGAGGUGGAGAAGAACAACCCAAAGAAGGCGUCCUGGACCUGGGGUCCUGAAGGCCAGGGGGCCAUCCUGCUGGUGAACUGUGACCGAGACACGCCCUGGCUGCCCAAGGAGGACUUCAGUGACAACAAGGUCUACAGCAAGGAAGACCUCAAGGACAUGUCCCCGAUGGUCCUGAGGACCAAGGGCCCCGACCGCCUGCCGGCUGGAUACGAGAUGGUCCUCUACAUCGCCAUGGGGGACUCGGAUAAAGUGGGCGUGUUCUACGUGGAGAAUCCGUUCUUCGGCCAGCGCUACAUCCACAUCCUGGGCCGGCAGAAGCUCUACCACGUGGUCAAGUACACGGGCGGCUCCGCGGAGCUGCUGUUCUUCGUGGAAGGCCUCCGCUUCCCCGACGAGAGCUUCUCGGGCCUGGUCUCCAUCCACGUCAGCCUGCUGGAGUACAUGGCUGAGGGGAUCCCCCUGACCCCCAUCUUCACGGACACCGUGACAUUCCGGAUUGCACCGUGGAUCAUGACCCCCAACAUCCUGCCUCCCGUGUCGGUGUUUGUUUGCUGCAUGAAAGACAACUACCUGUUCCUGAAGGAGGUGAAGAACCUGGUGGAGAAAACCAACUGUGAACUGAAGGUCUGCUUCCAGUACAUGAACCGCGGCGACCGCUGGAUCCAGGACGAAAUUGAGUUUGGCUACAUCGAGGCCCCCCACAAAGGCUUCCCCGUGGUGCUGGACUCCCCCCGCGAUGGGAACCUCAAGGACUUCCCCAUAAAGCAGCUCCUGGGCCCAGAUUUCGGCUACGUGACCCGGGAGCCCCUCUUUGAGUCUGUCACCAGCCUGGAUUCCUUUGGGAACCUGGAGGUCAGCCCCCCGGUGACUGUGAACGGCAAGGCCUACCCCCUUGGGCGCAUCCUCAUCGGCAGCAGUUUUCCUCUGUCCGGCGGGCGGCGGAUGACCAAGGUGGUGCGCGACUUCCUGCAGGCCCAGCAGGUGCAGGCGCCGGUGGAGCUCUACUCGGACUGGCUGACCGUGGGCCACGUGGAUGAGUUCAUGACCUUCAUCCCCAUCCCAGGCACCAAGGAGUUCCGGUUGCUCAUGGCCAGCACCUCAGCCUGCUACAAGCUCUUCCGGGAGAAGCAGAAGGAGGGCCACGGGGAGGCCAUCAUGUUCAAAGGCUUGGGCGGCAUGAGCAGCAAGCGGAUCACCAUCAACAAGAUCCUGUCCAACGAGAAACUGGUGCAGGAGAACCUGUACUUCCAGCGCUGCCUGGACUGGAACCGUGACAUCCUCAAGAAGGAGCUGGGGCUGACGGAGCAGGACAUCAUUGACCUGCCCGCUCUGUUCAAGAUGGAUGAGGACCGCCAGGCCAGAGCAUUCUUCCCAAAUAUGGUGAACAUGAUCGUGCUGGACAAGGACCUAGGCAUCCCCAAGCCGUUCGGGCCCCAGGUGGAGGAGGAGUGCUGUCUGGAGACACACGUGCGCGCCCUGCUGGAGCCCCUGGGGGUCACCUGCACCUUCAUCGACGACAUUUCCGCCUACCACAAGUUCCUGGGGGAGGUCCACUGUGGCACCAACGUCCACAGGAAGCCCUUCGCCUUCAAGUGGUGGCACAUGGUGCCCUGACCUGAGGGAGCCCCGGAGCGUCCCUGCUUCCCUAAGUCCUCCAGGCCUCUCACACCCCAGGGGCCCUCCCCCUGCCUGACCAGACGGGGUGGCACCACUGGGAGACCUACAGGGAGCAGGGUGGGAUUUGGGGUACCUGUGCCUUGUCCUCCCCGGGAAGGGCCUCGGUGUCCACUGAAGCCACCCCAGGGAACUCACCCCUGACCCUCCUGAAACUAGCCGGGCAUUUGGCCACUCUCUGUAGAGCCCUGGUGCAGGAAACAAAGCAAACCAACAACAAAAAAAAUCACAUCCCCAGACCAUGCCCAAGAAUUCUCUAUUUGCAAUUGGAAUGAGGGAAAAGGGAAGGGGAUUCUGGGAUCACAGGGUCUUCAGCAGCCAUGCCCUGAAGUUCAAGGUGGAACACAUGGAAAUGCACCCUGGGCCCUGAUGCACCUUAAACUGCACCGUUAUUUCAAAUUCGCCUUCCUGGGGUCUCCAGGUGCCACCUCCAAUCCAUUCCUUACUGCCUCUCAGCCCUUCUUAGCUUUCUCUCUGCAAUGCAGACACCCAGCCCUCCUGCUCCCCGAGGGCCCAGGGAUUCAGCUCAGAACUUUCCCUGGAAACAGAUGCAUCAGAGCGGUUUCUCCAUGUGCUUCUCCCCAGGGGCUUGAGGCUCCCUCCCCUGAGACCAGCACCUCCUGAGCCUGAGUUCAGCAUGUAAAGAUGCCCCAUCAACCCCAGCCACUUUCUCUUGCCUGGUCCUCGAGUCUAUGGCCAGGCUCUGACCCCUCUCCUGCCACCACCUCAGGUCCCAUCCUUCCUACUGCUGGCAGCUAAAUGCCAGCUUCUUUGCCUCCAGCCACAUUCAGACCUUCCCCAGGGCAUGGGAAACAAACCACCCCUCCUCCUAGACCUCAGACCCAACAUGGAAGGACCCUGGCCUCACCUCCAGCCCAAACAGCUGCUGGCCUUCGAGGUGGACCGACCCUCCUGUUGAAGUUCACCAGUGUGUUUGCCAAAGAUUCUUUCAUUUGGACACAUCCAGAUAAAUUCCCUGAGUCCAAUGAAAAGAGUUAACUUCAGCUUAAAAAAAAAAAUUCCUUUAGGACCAGGAGCAUAAGUAAAUUAUAAUUUCACUUUGAAGGUUAAAAAAAAAGAACUAUUUUAUAACCAAUGAAGAGGUUAUAAAUCUGUGUUCUUGGGGGAACAGGAUUUUCACUUUGGAUCAUUUCAUUCGGGCACUCAGUAAGCACUUGUUGCAUGGCUGCUGAGCUCGGGCACCGAGCCAGCCUCUGAGAAUAGCAAACCGGGCACGGAACCAGUCAGUCCCCAAGGCUAAGAAACUACCUUUGAAUGCUCAGCCUUGAGCUGGGGAUGUAACUCAGCAGUAAAGCAUUUGCCUAGCAUGUGCAAGACUGUGGGUUCCAUCCCCAGCAUUGCAAAAAGUUAAAGUUUAAAAAAUUAAAAAUAAGCCAGGCGUUCAGGUGCACACCUGUAAUCCCAGCAGCUCGGGAGGCUGAGGCAGGAGAAGCGCAAGUUCAAAGCCAGCCCCAGCAAUGGCGAGGCGCUAAGCAAUUCAGUGAGACCCUGUCUCUAAAUAAAAUACAAAAUAGGGCUGGGGAUGUGGCUCAGUUUGGUCGAGUGCCCCUGAGUUCAAUCCCCAGUACCUAAAAAAAUUAAAAAUAAAUUUAAAAAGUAAUAAACAGGCAGCCUUUACCCUUCGAUGUUGUACUUUUUAGAAAUUCCACUUUAUUGCGGCUGGGGAUAUAGCUCAGUUGGUAGAGUGUUUGCUUCGCAUGCACAAGGCCCUGCGUUCAAUCCCCAGCACCACCACUAAAAAAAAAAAAAAAGAAAUGCCUCUUUAUUCAGGAAAUACUCAGGGCACAAAUCUUCCCAAAAGUCACUGACCCCAUGAAAUUGGGAUGGGGGCGUCUUCUUUAAGCAAGCCCCUUUCCCAUCCAGCGGGGCCAGUACCACCUCUCAGAUCAGAGACUCAGAAAUGGUUGUCCCCCCCCCCCCUGGGGACAGUGGCUCCUGUUGGAUCUUCUCUCCAACCCCAGACGUGAAAACACAAGUGCCUCUCUGAGGGUGUGCAUCUAGAGACUGUCCUGUGUGUGCGUUUGGUUCAUGUGGGUUUGUGGGUUUUCUUUUAUUUUUAUCUAGUCUACAUGAAGGGGAAGUGAGCACCCCCACGUGCAGGCGGUGUGUCUUGUAGCUUUUCCUAAAGGUCUCCCCAUCCUAAAUCAGUGAUCUCUGAAGUGUCUGGAAGCCCCAGGGCUCAGACACUGUCCUGCCCACCCAGUGUGCCUCCCCUCAGUGUGGAUGUACCCCGUGGACUCGGCGCUCUUCCCCGCCCCCCUUUCUAUAAAUGUCAACCCAGAACUUCUGUGUUGCAAAACCCAGCCAAGUUCCUGUUUUGGUCUUGAUUUUGAAAUAUUCAGUGUGAGAUGGCAGGGGGUGUCGUGAAGAUGGCCGGAGCUGGGCACAAGUUCAACUUUCUGGAAAAGAGGUCGUGGUGGAGAUGGAAAGGUGUUUGCCGAAGAGCCUGACAAAAGAGCAGUAAAUAAAGAGUCCGAGGGGAAAUCA